GACUUUUUGCCUUGGCACAACGAAAUCGCAAAGCAACCAAAAAUGUCCCCCUCCGCAGACAAGCCGGGCAUCUUGGACGCCGACGCCUCCUCCGGCUCGGUACGUCAGCAACUUCCACAUGCAACCACUUCACAUAUCCCGCAAGCCAUCUAGAACAGAACUUUAUGAGACUGAUGUCCUCCCUCCUCACCCACUUGGGAGAUGUAAUACAGACACCGCCCCGUGGUCCCCCGACGUUCAAGGACCCCUACGAGGAGCGCGACUACCUCAAGGCACGGCUCGCACUGGCCUUCCGCAUCUUUGCCAAGCAGGGAUAUGACGAAGGUGUUGCGGGACAUAUCACCGUUCGGGACCCCGUCGACCCGUCGAGUUUCUGGGUGAAUCCCUUUGGCGUAGCAUGGCCGCUCCUGCGAGCGUCUGACCUGAUCCGCGUCGACCACAACGGACGCAUCGUCGAGGGCGGCUCAGUGCGGUUCUUGAACCAGGCUGCCUUCAUGAUCCACGCGGCCGUCCACACGGCGCGGCCCGAGAUCAACUGCGUCGCCCACUCGCACAGCAUCUACGGCCGAGCCUUCAGCACGCUGGGCCGGAACCUCGACAUCAUCACGCAGGACAGCUGCGCCUUCUACAACGACGUCGCGCACUACGACUCGUUUGGGGGCAUCGUCCUGGCCGCCGACGAAGGGCGCAACAUUGCCGCCGCGCUGGGGCCCCGCAAGGCCGCGAUCCUCGCCAACCACGGCCUGCUGACCUGCGGCACCACCAUUGAGAGCUGCGUCUUCUGGUUCACCAGCCUCGAAAAGUGCUGCCAGGUCCAGCUCCUCGCCGACGCCGCGGCGGCGGGCAGGGGGUCCCACGGUGGCGGUGGCGGGCAGACUGUCAAGAUUGGCGACGAGGAGGCCGAGUUUACGUAUCGGGCCGUCGGGUCUGAGAAGGCCGGCUGGUUUAGUGCCCGGCCGGCGUUUGCGGUCAUGGAGCACGAGUCUGGUGCUGACUACAAGAUGUGAUUUCUUUGUGUGUGCUGCUUGUUGGGAUGUGGGUGUUUUUACAUAAAAAAGGCAGAGAGAAUCCACCUUGUUUGAUCAGAUCGGGUGCUAAACAUUGACAACAUGUCUUCGAGACGGGAAAGCUUGUACAUCAAUGAAUGAUUGCCUCCAUUCUUCACGACGUCAUGAUCUGG